CUUUAAUCCAUUUUUAAUCAUUUGAAAUUGCUAACGUAGAUAAUAAACAUUCUUGUUAUCGCGAUAAAAAAAUGUGUUUUUAUUGGUCACUUGUUUUGAAGUAACGAAUCAAGGUCAUCGUUGUCACAUUUGCGUCCAUCAACAACAACAAACUGUGGGCGAACAAAUUCCCUAGUAUUUACAGAUUAACUUCCAACUAAUCUCCGCGAUAAAAGCGAAAAAAUUAAUAUCGACAAAUGCAAGCACAAUACAACGAAGCCGUAAUUAGAAUACAAAGUGGAUUACGACCGUUUAAGCCCCCAGAUGCUGCCGUAUCAGAGCCCUGUUUAUUGAUAAUGUUGGCAGAUUGUCACUCUUGAAAUGUCAUAACUACGAACUUCACACAUGUGUCAAGUUAUCAGCGUAGUUAUUUAUGGAAAAGUAUAUAAUAUUCAAUGCGAUGUUUCGUAUUUAACGAAUGACCCUUCUAAUCAGUCCUUGAUCUUUCUGUGCUUGAUAACGACAUCUCGUGUAGUUACUCGUGUGCGUCGUUGUCCUCAACCAUCCGCAAUAUUGUACCUAUAUUUACGAAAGAUGCACGCAAUUCAGCCUUUGGAAACCCAAGUGAAACGCGAACGCGAAGCCAUACAUUCUGGUCAGUUUAUGGUCUCAACAUUCGAGGCCGAAGAGCAAGAUGACGAAGAUGAAGUUGCAGUGCCCAUACCUGAAGAGUCUGAAGACAACAGCAGCAUUGUUCCAGUUAAGCAGUUCAUAAAUCAAGAUUUCAACAACAGGAAUCAACAGCAGCAGCUUUCGAUAGACACCAGUUUAGCCAAACUCUUCCAAUGCAUGUCUUUGGCCUACAGACAGAAGUUGACAUCACCUAAGUGGAAUCGUUUUCGCGGGAUAAGGCUGAGGUGGAAGGAUAAAAUAAGGCUGAAUAAUGUAAUUUGGCGGUGUUGGCAUCUGCAGUUUAUUAAAAAAGAAAAUACGUUGAUUUGUCAAUUUGCGUCGCCGCUGGAUGUAGAUACGCACAACAAGCCUGAGAAACCGCUGAAUAAUUAUUUUCAGGCGGUGGUGCUGGAAGGCAAAUACUGGAAGAGAAAAUUAGCCGCAGUAACAGCAGAAUACAAAAAAUGGCGUAUGUUUUACAGAAAUCACGCCCUUGGUCAGUCGGUCAAGGACGAUGUAGAAAUGUUAAGCGAUGUAGACUUAUUAACGUGGAAUUCCCAAAGUUCCGAAAACAUGCACAUGAUGGUCGACGAAGAUUACAUGGGACUGAUGAGCGAUACACUAUUUUCUACCAUCACAAAUCAACCUUUCGUUUUUCCGGAUUCGAGAGAAAUAGCAAAAGCCGGGCUUGCCGAUUUUAUCCAACCGAGCUUGGGACCUCUCCAGCCUAAUUUGGAUGAUUACAUGGACACUUUUGAACCUCUUCAAGAAUUUAUGACAUGUAAACUCCCAACUGUUCCGGAAGAACAGGCGCAAAAUGCGGCCUGGAAUUACUCCGAGUUGGAUUUGAUAUCUUCUGGAUCAAAUCUACAAGUUAACGCCCUCCAGAACGCAACACCUGUAGUUAGUCAGUACCAACAGGCUAUGAAUUUGCAACAGAUGCCUUUAGAAAAGAUAGAAAAUCGAUCAUCCUCGGAACAAAAUCUGUAUAACAGCAUGAUGCAACCGGCCGUCAAUCAAUUCGUACCUCAACAAGUGCAACCGCCAUCGUACCAUUCUUCUGUGAUCUCAAAGAAUGCCAAAAGCCAUAAAAACGUUUCUCCAACUCACGUCAAAAUUAAUCAAGCUAGCGUGUAUACCAAGUCACCAAGUAUCUACUCUAGCUACUCAGAACAAAAUAUGCAGAAUACCAUGUGUCUGAACGAGCGGAUACAAAAUGAAUUUUCAACUGCAGUGCCUCUACAAGAACAUAUCCAACAACAACAAUUACAACAGCAGCAGCAGCAACAAAUUGUCUCACAACAGCAGCAACAAAUAGUAUCCCAGCAGCAACAACAACAAAUGGUUUCUCAGCAGCAAACGCAAAUAGUUUCUUCUCAACAACAAUUGGUUACACAACAACAGGAUUUGCAACAGUUUAAGCUAACCCAUCAGUCACCGGAUCAAAGACCAUCUGCUGGUUAUAAAUUUACAACUCCAGCGGUUCCCAACAUUAAGUUCACAUCACAGGUACCCCGUAUGAUGCAUCCCAUACACUCUGCACAUUCUCAGUACAACACUAGCCAUUCUUUUCCUAAAGAAGAAAAACCGGAAGUACGAAUGAGAGGUGCACAUCGAGGGAGGCAAAGAUCAAGGUCGAACACAAGAGAGCCAAUUCGGCGUCCACCUUUGAUUUCUGCAGUUAGUGAUCCAUCGUUGCUAACGCAGUUAUUAACCGGCAGUGGUGAUAACGAAAGUGGAUAUAGUCGUAGUCAAGCACUAAUUUCAGCACAUGAUCAAAUUUCAAAACAAGUUCGAAUAAAGGAAGAAAGUAGUCCUAUACCAAUUUUACCACAGCCUCCACCUGCCCCUACAACUUUAAUAAUCACAACACCCGUUACUAUCAACGCUAUACAAUCAUCCCCUAGCGAUCCAUUAUUAUUAAAUUCAUUUAGUAGUUCAAACAGUCCUGUGUUAGACGGUUCACAAAGUGUUAACUCACCUACCUCAUCACAAGGCUCAAUGGGGUCACCCAAUAGAGAUAACCCGCACAGGGAUCAGAGAAGGGUGGGUCAUAUUCAUGCCGAACAAAAAAGACGUUAUAAUAUUAAGAAUGGUUUUGAUAUGAUACACUCGUUGAUACCACAUCUAAAUCAGAAUCCUAAUGCUAAGUUAAGUAAGGCUGCAAUGCUGCAGAAAGGUGCAGAAUAUAUACGACAGCUCAGAUCUGAACGAAAUCAGUUGAAUGAAGAAAUGGAAUGCCUAAGGCAGCAAAUAGAAACGCUUAACACAUCAAUAAGCAAUUGCCAAUCAAUGUUACCUGCAACUGGAGCCCCCGUUUCACGGCGAAGAGACAGUAAAAUGCAAGAAAUGUUUGACGACUACGUAAGAAAGCGAACAAUGGAGAAUUGGAAAUACUGGAUUUUCAGUUUGUUGUUCCGGCCUCUUUUAGAUUCGUUCAACAAUUUUGUAUCUACGUCGAGCUUAGAUGAUCUCUAUAGGUCGACUAUACUAUGGAUUGAACAACACUGUACAUUGGUGGACCUCCGCCCAGUGGUUCUUAAUUCUUUGAAGUACCUGAGCACCAAAACAGAGAUCUUGACGGAACCUGAGAAACUACCGGAUGAAGUAAGACAGAUGGUUUUGUCAAAGAAUCCACAGUAGGUUAGAGGCAAAUUGCAACUAAAUAUUUGCUCACAAACUUUCAUUAUCGUGAUAACAGUGCAAAUGUUUUAAUUCUAAAUGACGAAUAUUUUCUUUAAGAAAGAAAUGUUCUAUUUUCGUGUAAUACUUGUGAAGCAAGAAAAGCGUACUGAAAAACGUAUUUGUGCAUUUUGACGUUGCUUUCAUAUUUUAAAUAUAUGAAAACGUGCUUAGAAAAUGGUUUAGUGUCUUCCGGUUUUUUCCUAGUUUUAGUUACAAAGUUUGUUGUAAACCAGUAAAAUAUGACGGCAACGUUUUGUGGUUUUAGCAAGAAAUGUGAGUGGUUGAUUGCUUGUUUAUAUUUAUUUUGUAAAAUUUAUCGUCAUUGAAGAAAACGGUGCAAUGCAAGAUGCUGCCUUAGAAGUGUUUCCGACACUUGAACUCAUACUGUAUCUAUACAAUCUAAAUUUUGUAUGACUAAUCACAUAGUACAAGUUAUCAUUAUGUGUUUUAACGACUUUAAUUAUACUGUGCCUUACAAGUCAGAACGUGAUACUUUUUUAUUUUAAAACUACUGUUUAAGUUUUUAUUAGGGUACUUACCGUUGUAAAUCUUGUUAUCUGUUUAUGAGUUUAUGUAUAUUUUUGUGUAAGUGAGUUAUUUUGAGUCAUUAAAUGCAAAUUGUUUUGUUCA